CAAUAACAUGAUGCAUUUAAAGACCAAAAGCAAACUAGUGACCUAAUGACUGUCGACAAAGUGAGUGAAACUACUAAUAGUAUUAUGAAUGAAACUGAAAAGAAGUUCUUCUUAAGGCACUCCUUGAGUGUUAAUAAAUAACCGUCAAUUGAACGGAUUCAUUGGACGUAAUCUACCUUUGCACUUUAAGUUAUUACGUCAGUGUGUAUGGCUGAACUGUUAUGUUUUGGUUCACUACCUACUAGUGCCAGUCACUUAAGUUAUCUUUGGUUGACUCAUAGAAACUCAACGGAAUCUGGCUCAUCAAGAUUUGCUGAAAAAAGAUAUAUCAAUGAGUAUCUAUCUUGAAAGCUAACUAUGGGGAAUAUGGAAGAUGACCAAGCGGCUAGAGAGGCCAAUAAGAUUUGUGGAGUUUGUGGAGACAGAGCACUUGGCUACAAUUUUAAUGCUGUCUCCUGCGAGAGUUGUAAAGCUUUUUUUAGGAGAAAUGCUUUGAAGAAUAAGGAGUUUCGCUGUCCUUUUUCUGAAAAUUGCAGUAUAACACCAGUUACAAGACGUUUUUGUCAAAAAUGUAGGUUGGAUAAAUGCUUUCGAAUUGGCAUGAAAAAGGAAUAUAUAAUGUCUGAUGAAGACAAAGUUUUAAAAAGACAGAAAAUUGAACAAAACCGAGCAAAGAAAAGACCAUGUAAAGAAAAUUAUAAAGCAGUAAAGGCAAAAAAAGAAAGUUUAGACGAUCCUAAUUUUGAUGAUUCUACUUCUAUACCAUCUGUUGCUUCAGUAGCUUCUGUUAUGUCUGAAUCAUACUUUUGGGAAUCAGACAAAAAGUAUGCUGACCUUGAUGCCAACAAGCAAUCUACAGUCGAUAGUUUAAGUCCAGUUGCAGCUGCUUGUGUUCCAAGCCCUUCAAGCCCCCCUCAAAAUUGCGACAUUGCUAGUAGUAAGACUUUAGAAAUGUUAAAAGAUUCAUCGCGUAAUUCUAUUCUCAAUUUUACUCAACACAGUCAAUCUGUUACAUAUGAAGCAGUGGACAUAGAUAUUCCGAAAGGUUCUCCAAGUCAAGUGGACUGUCCAAGUCAAGUGAAUUUUUAUUCUAGUGCUAAAGAGAGUAUUGAGAGUAAAGGUCAAUCGAACAAAGUUAAUGAAUCAGUAUUGAAAUCUUCAAAUCGAUAUUGUUUACGUUCCAUCAAUUCAUCUGUAUCUUCACCGAAUUGUUCAAAAUUAGAAAAGAGUCCACCAGCUUAUACUAUGUAUAAGCUGCCAGAAGAAGAAAAGUCUCAUAAUGAUUUGAAUGAGUGUUUGUCAAGUAAUGAAAUAGAAGAAACUGUUCCAAGUGUGCCUAUACAUUGUUCAGAAGAAGCAAUAAUGUGCCAGAAAUCAAAAGAAAACUGUAUAAAUAGAACUGAUCUAGUUACAAAGAUGAUACAUGAUCCAGAAUUAGUUGCUAAACUAGUUACUAAUCCAAAUGUUAUUGCUAAUGUUAUUAUUCAGGACCAGAGUUUGUUUACUAAAUUUAUAAAAGAUCCAGAAAUCAUUAGUAAGCUUGCUUCUGACCCUCAAAUAUUGCAGUAUUUAGAAGAAGAUAAAACAGUAAGUUCUCGAAUUCAAGAAACUGUGAAAACUAAUUCACAUCCUGAGAGAUAUCUUGACAAUAAAAUUUCUAGUAAUCUUAACAAGAAUGUAAUUGACAGUAAUCGAGGUCACGUCGAAAAUCCUAUUCUAACAAAUCUUAUUACAACGCAUAGAAAAGAAGAACUAAAUCAAAGAAAUGAUAUUCCUACAACCAGUGAAUGGCAUGAUAUUACUGAUGAAGUUACUAGGGAUGUUUUACAAGAUGUAGAAAGGAUACCAAUAACUGCAAAUUCAAUUGAAUCAAUCCUAUGUGAAGCUAUAAAAUUAGAGUUUUCUGCUUACUCAAGCUUUGGUGGUAGUCAUUAUAGCAGAGAGUUAAAUGAUGCUGAGAGGGCCAAAUUAAAUGAACUUAUAGUUGCAAAUAAAGCACUUUUAGCUCCAUUAGAUGACGAUAUUACAAAUUUGAUAGGUGAAGAAUGUAAAUUUAAGGGGAAUCCCGACCACGCAGACCCGGCAUUACUUGAUGUUAUAAAUUUAACUGCUAUAGCUAUUCGAAGGCUGAUUAAAAAUGUCAAAGAAAAUCAAUGCUUUCAAAAAACAUGUGUCCAAGAAGAUCAACUUGCAUUGUUAAAGGGUGGUUGUACCGAAAUGAUGAUGUUUACGUUCAGCUAUCAAACUACGAUCCUGAUAAAGAUAGCUGGAAAAAUUCCUCAUAGCCAAGAUAGAAUAUCAAAUAUCAAAGCAGAAAUAUUAAAAAAAAGUUAA